AUGAGGAAUUGGGAGCCCCCCUUGCAGCCAGAGCCACCACAAGAAGCACCUCAACAAUUGCCAUUUAUUACAGUACCGGAGCAGCCUCAACAUCACCCACAACAGCCUGCUGUCCAGUGUGUACAACCUGAGGCAUCAGCUCCACAGCAGUCCACCAAAACAAAGAGCAAAGGUUCAAAGAAAAGACAGAAAGAAAAGCCACAGAUCGAACCUCCAAAGCCAACGGAUGAAGAUAAUGUUGGGAGGAGAGAACUUGACAAGUCUCUUGUCAAUAGGUUCCCUUGGCUUGCUGAAGCUAAUGGAAAGUCGGGUGAUAAACAGGCAGGGGGUAUGGGCCAACAGACAAGCAAUACUAAUCCAUCAGCAUUUAGUGUCCAGAGCAUCUCUCAAAGUUCUUCAAAGAGCUCUCUGCCAAAGUCUAGAGGGAAUCCAAGUCGGGCAGAAGUUGUCCAGAAUCCACCUCCGUAUCCUUCAAGAUCUCCUGCAGUUUCAGCAGAUUCACAUAAUCAAUCUCUUUGGAAUCCCUCAAGUUUUGAUUCCAAUCCUCCAGUAUCUUCGGCUUCAUCCUCAUUGAUCUCCCCCAAGCAAACUUCACAGGACAGGACUCAAAGGCACCAUCCCCUCAGCUCUGCUGAUCAAAGCCAUCAAAACAAUCCAAAUUCUAUGAACACAGCUCUACAAAAUAGACAAAGUACUGGAAACAAUAGACCUCCAAUGUAUCAAGCAUCAAGUUCAAAUGAUGUCCAGGCAGCUGUCAAUGCUGCAGUCAACAAAGCAACACAGCAGGCACUUCUAGCAAGAAGCAUGGCAGGAAAUCCCACAGUCCCAGAGAAGACGAGAAAUGUUUCUUCGACGAAGAAAGGUUCACAGCGUCCAAAGGCCGGGGGUCCUAGUCAGAUCUUGAGACAAUCAGAUAUAGAUGAUGGUCUUGACUUCUUGAACUCUACAUCAACCAGUUCUAACUUUCCAACCUCAUUGACCUCUGUCAAUAUGGAUAUUUUUGAUAAUUCCUUGGGGAGUUCCUCUAUGAUAUCUAGGCCGUCUGAGCAACCUAGCCAACGAUCUGGAGGUCGAUCACGACCUGCAGACAAGCAAUCCAGAGUUGAUACCUCUAAUCCCAACACUCUGUUACAAAGUGACUUUUCUAAUGUUCCCCAAGAUACAUUCUCAUUCUCGCAGUGGAAUCUAGAACCUCAACAGACUGAAGAUAGGGAAAACGCGAGAGGUAAUUCCCAAAAGAUGCAAGAACUUGCUUCUCCCCCUAUGCAGCAAAUGCAUCAACGUGGAGGUAAUAACUGUGUGAAUGUAAACUUUGGAGAUUCCUCAAAUCUUGGGUCAGGUGAUGAUCUAGACUUCUCAAGUUUGCCUCCCUUUCCAUCAUCUAAUCAGCAACAGCAGCAGCACACUCCAUCUGAUAGACAGACUCCUCAGAACCAAUCCUAUUCAGUACCAAGUGGAAGGUCUAGUGUGGCAUCUAUGGAACCAAGCCCAAUGCAGCCCAGUCCUAUGAAUUAUAAUGUACAGGAAGGUAGCCAUAUGUCACAGAUAAAUGAGAUGCCGCAUUCAAACUCUAGCAGUAGAGGUCCUCCUAGCGUUGAAACUCCUCAGCAGCAGAGGAGAAUGACACAGUCACCUAUGGUUCAGAGUAGCCACCAAGGACAAGGGAUCAAGAGAGCAGCUACAGAUGGGCAUCACUUGAAUGUGGCCAAGAAAGCACAUAGUGCGAUGCAUUCUGGUCGCAGAGCUACCCAACAGUCCAAUCCCGACUCAAGGCAUCAUUCUUCAAUGCACAAUAACCCCCAGUCCCAAGGCCACAGCAAUUUGAUGCAGUUUCAUUCAUCAACUUCCAAUACGCCCAACCAGUCUUCUGAAAGUGUCUUUGCAGGCGGGGAAGUCCAGCGAAUCACGUACCCAUCACAAGGUGGAGGUGGAAGAGUACAAGAAAGCAGUCGGUCCAAGAAGCGAGCCCCAAACCCUUCAGACAGUAUUUUUGCCCGGGAUCCGCACGAGAUCGAUGGAACUCGCAGUACGUCCAUCUCUCUGCUGCAAGAUAACUGGUUUGGUAGUUCAGCUCGAAUAAAUACAUCUAGUAGCAAUGAGACCGCACCACCGACAUUCCUGCCCAAUUUCCCCAGCUCUCAGACUUCCCAGGGUCAAUCGGAGACUGUUACAUCAUCUUCGUCUACUAGUUCAUCGCUCAUCUCAAACAUCUCACCUUCUCGACGGUUGAGACAGAACGAGAUGCCCACCUACCUCCCGUCCCAUCUCCCAGGACCCAUUCUUCCAAGUCCUCCACAAACCAAAGGAAGCCAUACGCGGGAGACGGACAUCGCUUCCUUCAAUCCCAUGUUCACACCUUCCCGGACAGCUGGCAUUCACAGCAUGACUGCCAAUUUCCCAGUGUUUCAUGAGCACCAACCUCCAGGCGGCUUCAACAUCGCAAAGUCCAACCAACUGCCAGGUAGUGUCACCCAAACCCCUUUCAACUUCAAUAACAUUUUUAAUGAAUCCUCCCAAGUGGCCUCGAGCACUCACGUCUCAGAUGCUCAAACAUUAAACCACAGCAUUGGCUUGACCCCAACCGUCCACCUCCAUGGGAAUGCGUCGCUGCCCUCGGAGGAAAGUGUGCUUCAUGGGAACAUGAGUCAGAGACAUCCUGCUCAGCCGUUUGGUCUUUUGGCUCAGAAUCGCCCACCGAUGGGAGUCCCGACGCCGAUGGGUAGACCUCACCAUCAGUUUCAUAGCUCUUCUUUCAUGCACCACUACUGA